CCCCCAGUCUCCCACAGCUGCUGAGGGAAGCAGGAUGCCGGAGCCCAGGAGCGGGCAGCUUGGCAGUUUGGCAUCCAGCUUGGCCUCUGGAUGCCUGCCAGGGGAGCAGAUCCUAGCAUGGGCCCCAGGGCUGAGAAAAGGGCUGGAACCUGAGUUGCCUGGAAUCCUGAUCUGUACUAACUUUAGGGUCACCUUCCAGCCUUGUGGAUGGCAACGGAGUCAGGAUACACCCCUGAGCAGUGAAUAUGACUUUUCUUUGGUCAACAUUGAGCGACUAGAGGCUAUGAGUGGCUUAGCACGAGUUCAGCUCCAUCCAGGUUCCCAGCUUAAAUUCAUCCCUGAGGAGAUUCUAAUUCAUGGCAGAGACUUCCGGCUGCUCAGAAUUGGUUUUGAGGCUGGCGGACUAGAACCUCAAGCUUUUCAGGUAACCAUGGCUAUUGUCCAAGCCAGAGCUCAGAGCAAUGAAACCCAGCAGUAUGGAGGGAUCGCCCUGAGCAAGGCUGGCCAGGGUUCUGGCUUCAGAAAACCACCUAUUCCGCUCUUGGAGACAUUAGAAGACUGGGAAAUGGAGCUGAAGAAACAGGGUGCCAAGGGCUGGAGGGUCAGCACAGUCAACGAGAGGUUCGAUGUAGCUACCAGCCUCCCCCGGUACUUCUGGGUCCCGAGCCGAAUUCUGGACAGUGAGGUCAGGAGAACAUUUGGCCACUUCCGUCAGGGCCGUGGACCGCGCCUGUCCUGGCAUCACCCAGGGGGCAGUGAUCUUCUCCGAUGUGGAGGUUUCUAUAAUGCCAGUGACCCUAACAAAGAGGACAUCAGAGCAGUGGAGUCCAUGCUCCAGGCUGGGCAUUCCGAUGUUGUCCUUGUAGACACAAUGGAUGAACUGCCUGGGCUUGCAGAUGUCCAACUUGCCCACUUGAAGCUGAGGGCCCUGUGUCUGCCUGACUCAUCUGUAGCUGAGGAUAAAUGGCUCUCAGCGUUGGAAGGAACACGAUGGUUAGAUUAUGUCAGGGCUUGUCUUCGAAAGGCCAGUGAUGUCUCAGUUUUAGUGACAUCCAGGGUUCGUUCUGUAGUACUUCAAGAGCGUGGUGAUCGUGAUCUCAACGGCCUCCUCUCUUCACUCGUCCAGCUGCUUCUGGCCCCUGAAGCCCGAACACUGUUUGGCUUUCAAUCAGUAGUGCAGCGAGAGUGGGUGGCAGCUGGUCACCCCUUCCUGACUCGGUUUGGGGGAACUGGGGCCAGUGAAGAGGCCCCAGUGUUUCUCCUCUUCCUUGAUUGUGUCUGGCAGCUCCUCCAGCAAUUUCCAGCUGAGUUUGAAUUCUCUGAGUUUUUCCUUCUUGCUCUGCAUGACAGUGUCAGGGUUCCUGACACUCUUACUUUCCUGAGAAAUACUCCCUGGGAGCGUGGAAAGCAGAGCAGACAGUUUAACUCCUAUACACAGGUUUAUACCCCAGAAAACUCUCAGUCCCCAGAUGGGAACUGUAUAAAUGUGCAGCUCUCUGUCUGGGACUGGGAUUUACGCUACAGCAAUGAACAGAUAUUACAAUUCCAUAAUCCUGGCUAUGACCCGGAGCACUGCCCUGAAUCCUGGUUCCCUAGACAGCCAAACUUCAUGGUUCCUGGACCUCCAAGUUCGAUGUGGCUUUUCUCUAGAGGGGCCCUGACCCCCCUGCAUCAGCUUUGUCCUUGGCGAGACAGUCCUUCUCUUUUGGCAGUCCCUUCUCGUUGGCUCUCUCGACCAGCUACCUCCUCUGAAAGCCUGGCUGACCAGGAGUGGGGGCUCCCCUCACAUUGGGGAGCUUGCCCUUUACCUCCAGGACUAUUGCUACCUGGAUAUUUGGGACCCCAGAUCAGGCUCUGGAAGCGCUGCUACCUGAGGGGAAGGCCUGAGGUCCAGAUGGGCCUGUCAGCUCUCACAAUCUCUGGCCUUCGGGAGGAACUAGCCUGUCUUCAGGAGCUAUUAAGAAAAUGGACACCAAGAGUAUUUCCCCAGGAUCGUUGCGAGAAAAGAGAUCCAAAUACUUUUUUCUCCCAAUCCCAGUGAAAUUACUGGCAUUCUCGAAGGCAUGGCCGGGGGCAGCGUGGAUGAGGGAGGGCUCUGUUUAAUCCAGAAGUUUUUCUAUCUGGCCUUGCUGCCUUAGCUUUUCACAUUCCAGCCUCUUUAAAGAAACUCAUUUUGAGUUUCUGUAGCAGAUGGCGGUGCUAAUAUCCAGCUCUUCUGUCUUGUUUCGUUGUUUUUGUUUUUUGUCGGUCAUGAGGCUUGAACUAGGGGCCUGGUUGCUGUCCCUGAGCCUCU